AUGCUUCCACUUCUUCAAUCUAGAGUGGACAAUAUGCUCAAUGAUGCGGCUUUACCACAAGGUGUUGAUGUGGAGCCACUUGAAUUUUCGGUCGACGACUGCCUAUAUGGAGACUUGGUCUAUGACAUGGCUGAAGAAACCAGGGGCAGCCCAAAACAAUGGGGCCUAAAGCGACUAUUACAAAUGAGGCACAAUAAUGUGGUUCCUAAUGUUGCUGCUCAAAUGUCCGAUGAAAUGGUUCUUAAUACUGUCCAAAUGUUUGAUCAUAUGUGGAUUUUGUGCAAAAUGUACGAAAAAGCAGCAAGUAAAGCCAAUAGAGAACAACGACACGGGGAUAAUGAAGGGGUAGUUCUACUUCCCAACGCAAAUGCACAGCCAGUUCUUGUUCAAGACCCUCAGUUUCCUCCUCUUCCACCAACAACUUUCUACACCAUGUCCAGUGCAAUGCUUACUUAUCCAAGGUAUGGAUAUGGCUCUGGUGUUCCCACCGAUGGCGUGGCUUUACCCAAUGGACUCAACGUUGGUUAUCCUUUAUUGCUUGAUGACAUCUCAGAUUAUCUCGCGUCAUUAGAUUCAUUGGUUAGAGACGAUGAUGACAUGAUGUCGGCGUUGUCAUCUAAUACCACGCAUCCAGAACUAUCUUCUGAUGAUAAUAAGGGAGGUCCUUCCUAA